UACUCUUGCCUACAAUAUUGAAUAGUCUCCCAUCUCCGCCAAAUCCCAGUCGCUGGUAUGGCACCCUCUUCUCUGUUCCACCAUUUCCUACCACCUCUCCUCCUGCUGCUAGCUUUAAUCAGCCCUUCGUAUGCUCAGGCUUACCACAACAUAAGCUUGGGCUCCUCCCUCACUACCCUAGGCGAAAACAACUCCUGGCUUUCGCCCUCCGGCGAGUUCGCCUUUGGAUUUUAUCCCUUGGAAACUAAUAGCAGCCUCUUCUUGCUUGCCAUCUGGUUCGUGAAGACAGCAAACAGAACCGUUGUUUGGUACGCGAACGGAGACCAACCGGUGCAAGACGGAGCCAGAGUGGAGCUGACCGCCGACGGGGGGCUCUCGCUCAAAGACCACAACGGCCAGGAGGUGUGGAAUCCUGGCGCUAGCAAUGCCACCUAUGGUGCCAUGCUCGAUACCGGAAACUUCGUGCUUGCGAGCGCUGACGCCUCCGUUAGCUGGCAGAGCUUUGCCAAUCCCUCUGACACCAUCUUGCCCUCCCAAGAAUUGGAUCUGGGCACCAACCUGCGAUCCCGUAUGAUGGACACGGAUUACUCCAGUGGGAGGUUCCAGCUCAGCGUCCAAUCUGACGGUAAUCUAGUCUUUUAUCCUGUGGCCAUUCCUUCUGGCUUGCAAUACGAUAGUUACUGGGCCAGCAACACCGUUGGAAAUGGAACAAAGCUCGUCUUCGACGAGCGGGGUACCAUUUACUUGGCCCUAAAUAACGGCACUCAGUGGAAUUUUACGUCCGGGAAAAUGGAUGCAGUGAGAGAUUUCUACCUCAGGGCUACGCUCGACUCUGACGGGGUCUUCAGGCAGUACGUCCAUCCAAAGAUUGGGAUAAGGAAUGGGAGCCGGAGCGAGGGCUGGACGACCGUGGAUUUCCAGCCUCCAGACAUAUGUCAAGCGGUGCUCGUGGAGACUGGGAGUGGUGCUUGUGGGUUCAAUAGCUACUGCAAAUUGGAUAGCAAUAAGCGCGUGGAUUGUGAGUGCCCACCCCAGUAUUCCUUUCUGGAUCCAGACAGGAAGUACAAAGGGUGUCAACCAAAUUUUGCUUCCCAGAGCUGUGAUGCAGAUGAGAAGGAGAUAGGGUCGCUGUAUGAUUUCUCGGUGAUGAUCGAUGUCGACUGGCCUUUAUCUGAUUACGAUCACUACAGUCCCAUAGAUGAGGACAGAUGUAAGAGAGAAUGCUUAAGCGACUGCUUCUGUGCAGUUGCUAUUUAUUAUCAAAACAAUGGGGAUUGUUGGAAGAAGAAGCUCCCCCUUUCCAACGGGAAGGCGGGCAGUUAUGUUCAGAGAAAGGCUUUUAUCAAAGUACCCAAAGCUCAAAAGUACAGCAGCAUCAGCCUAGGCUCAUCUCUUUCGUCUCUGGACGACGUGAACAAUUCAUGGGUUUCUCCUUCUGGUGAUUUCGCAUUCGGAUUCCUUCCACUCGGAGCCGACAGUAACCUCUUCUUGCUGGGCAUCUGGUUCAACAAGGUAGCAGAUAAAGCUGUCGUGUGGUCUGCCAACAGGAACAAACCAGUGCCAAGAGGAUCCAUGGUGGAGCUGACCGGUAGCGGACGACUCGUACUCUACGGUGAGCAAGGCCAGGAGGUAUGGUCAGUCAAUGCAACAGGUGUUUCCUCUGCUGCGAUGCUCGACACUGGAAACUUUGUCCUCAUAAACGAAAGGAAUAGCUAUAUCUGGGAGAGCUUCAACAACCCUACCGACACGAUUCUACCCACCCAAGUAUUGGGUCCGGGCACCCAGCUAUACUCUCGUCUAGCAGAGACCAACUAUUCACAAGGAAGAUUCAAGCUUUCAAUCCAGAAAGAUGGAAACCUUAUGUUUUAUUCAGUGAAUGUCCCUACCGGAUAUCAGUACGAACCCUACUGGUCGAGCAAUACCACUGGGAUUGGUACCCAGCUCAUCUUCAAUAGCUCGGGCUACCUCUGCUUGAAUCAAAUGGAUGGAAGCAUUCUCCCGCUCACAAAGUCGAGCGGCAUGGUCUCAACAGAGGACCACUACCAGCGGGGAACACUGGAUUCCGAUGGAGUCCUUAGGCAGUACUACUUCCCGAAAGCCAACUCUAGGACCAGUACUGGCGGGCCAGAGUCGUGGCGCGUCCUGUGGCAUCUCCCCGACAACAUCUGCUUGCAGGUAUCAGGGUCCAUCGGCAGCGGCGCCUGUGGAUUUAAUAGCUUGUGCAAGCUUACAGACGAUGGACGGCCGACCUGCGAAUGCCCACCAGGGUAUUCCUUUCUGGACCCCAGUGAUAUGUACAUGGGGUGCAAACCAGACGGCAUGCUGACCUGCGAGCUUACCGAUCUUCGGACCAUGAUGAACGUGGACUGGCCGACGGGUGACUACGAAGUGCUCAGCCCUGUAACAGAGCAUGACUGUGGCCAAGCCUGCUUAGGUGACUGCCUCUGUGCAGUGGCAAUCUAUAGAAAUGAGAGCUGUUGGAAGAAAAAGUUGCCACUUUCGAAUGGGAGAGAAGACCCUCAAACGGAUGGAAAAGCUCUCAUCAAGAUAGCCACAGUUAGUCCUCCUGGAGGGGCCCAAAAUCAGCAUACUUUGAUCCUCAUAUUAUCCAUAAUUCUGGGAGGUUCGGCAUUGCUGAAUUUGCUACCUGUGGUUUACCGGGCCAAUUCAUUCUUUGGCCAUAAAAAGCAGUCGAAGCCAGAUGCAAGCAUCAUAGGCACUCACCUGAGAUCUUUCUCCUACAGGGAGUUGGAAGUUGCAACAGAUGAGUUCGAGGAAGAACUCGGCCAUGGAUCGUUCGGAACAGUUUAUAAAGGCAGGUUAGUUUCAGAUGCUGAAAUCUUCAUCGCGGUCAAGAUGCUUGACAAGGUGGCGCAGCAAGGUGAAAAGGAAUUCAGAACUGAGGUGAGUGUAAUCGGCCAAACGAAUCACAAGAAUCUCGUUAGAUUGCUUGGGUUCUGCGACGAGGGUGUCCAUCGCCUUCUUGUGUAUGAGUUCAUGAGCAAUGGCUCUUUGGCAGACUUCCUCUUUGAUUCUAUGAAGCCAACAUGGGACCAACGAGCUGGAAUAGCAAUUGAAAUCGCAAGGGGACUCUCAUACCUGCAUGAAGAGUGCAGCAGCCCGAUCAUCCAUUGCGACAUAAAGCCUCAGAAUGUGCUUCUGGACGACCGCUUUACAGCAAGGAUAUCUGACUUCGGAUUGGCAAAGCUUCUGAGGACCAACCAAUCCCGGACUAGCACAGGCAUAAGGGGGACCAGGGGUUAUGUUGCUCCAGAAUGGUUCAGGAGAACAGCAAUCACUGCCAAGGUUGACGUUUACAGUUUCGGUGUCAUGCUCCUGGAGAUCAUUUGCUGCAGGAAGAGCAUUGAACCGGAGGCAGGUACCGGAGAUAUUCUUGUCUAUUGGGCUUAUGAUUUCUAUAAAGAAGGAAGGUUGGACAAGUUGGUGGAGAACGACAAGGAGGCGAUUAUAGAUGCAAGGAGGCUAAAAAGAUUUGUGAUGGUGGCAAUCUGGUGUGUGCAGGAAGAACCCUCGAUGAGGCCCGACAUGAAAAGAGUAACUAUAAUGCUCGAAGGACAUGCGGAUGUUCCACAGCCCCCAAGCCCUUCCCCUAUCAGUUUCUUUGGCUAAAAAUAUAUCCCACAAAACCAUGAGUGCAGCCUUGUCAAAAAAAAAAACCGACGAGUGCAGGACACUCGGCAUCUCAAUCAUGAAAUUUUCGUUCUAAUUCUUGUGCCAUAAAUCAUUUAAACGUCUAGUGCUCUUGGUCCAUGUAAUUCACAACUAGCUUUCCUACAUGAAAACUUGAUGUUAGUUAUAAUGUAUUAAAAUAAGUUUGAUGAAUAUUACCGGUUCGAAAGGUGUUAUGGUGGA